AUGGGUCCUCGCAACCCUUUCCCUGUCUUUGGGGAGUGGUGGUCCCACCCCACCCCCACCCCUCAGAAGCAAAAGGGGGCCCUCUCUGCAGUUCCGGGCACCCGCCAGGGGGCGUCCCAGGAGCAGCAAACCGGGACCCUGGCCCAGUGCAACGAGCGAGGGCUGCCCUUAAAGGGGCCAAGCCAUGGGAGCCCCGCGGAACCACUGAGCGCGCUGGGGCGCUGGUACCUCUAUGCCCUGCACGGCUACCUGGCGGAGGUGCUGUUCACGGCCUCCUGGGACUUCGCCACGGCACGGGACUGGCUUCGCGGAGGCAGCAGCGCCUGGGCCUUCAUCUAUGGCACCUGCGGGCUGAUCCUGGAGCUCCUCUACCUUCGCCUGCGGGGCCGCUGCCGCCUGCCCACCCGCGCCGGAUCUACCCGCCUCAUCUACCUGUGGGAGUUUGGCACGGGCGCGCUGCUGCGCCACUUCGGGGCCUGCCCCUGGGACUACAGCCACUUCGCCUACAACUUCAUGGUGGUCACGCUGGAGUACUGCGGCUUCUGGUUCGUGGCCAUCCUGCUUGAGACCCUGGUCAUCCACAACGUCCUGCGGCUCCGGGUGGACGUGCCCGGAAGACUCUCCGCUGCCCAGCCAUGGAGGCGCCGGGAAGCACUGAGCCCGCUCUGCCGGGCAUACAUCUACGCCAUCCACGGCUACUUCUGCGAGAUCCUCUUCGUGGUGCUCAUCCUGGACCAGGAUGGGUCUUCCGGGGGCCCUCGCGCCUGCUCCCUCCUGGUCUACGGGACCUGCGGGAUGGCCAUGGAGGGCAUCUACCUGCAGCUGCGGGGAGACUGCUGUUUUGCUCUCGCUGCAACCCUCUACACCGGCUGCAUCUACCUCUGGCAGCUGUGUGCCGGCUACCUGCUGCGCUGCCUUGGCGCCUGUCCCUGGGACCACAGCCACUUCCAAUACUUCCAGGGCCUCAUCGCCCUGGAGCACGGCCUGCUGGUGGGUGGCGCCCUCCUGCUCGAGAGGCUGGUCAUCGCCCCCACCCUGCGCCUCCGCCUGGCCCCGCCUUGGAAACCCAAGCAGCCCCCUGCCCAAGUUUCGAGCUCGCCACGACUGACACACGGCUGCAGCGGGCAUAGGAGCGCCUGUCACUGCCCUCCCUCGUAUGCCUCCUUCUCCUGCCAUGGAACUAUACCCUUUCUCAGGCCGUAUAAGCCGCUGGACGCGUCUGCCCGGUUGGGCAGGGCUGCCGCUGGACUUGGGGAUGGGAAGCCGAGUUCGAAACCUCACCGAGCCCAGGAAAUGAAGUUGGGGCUGGCUUGGUCCUACCUCACCAGGUUGUUGUGA